AUGUUUUCUAGAUGUGAAGAACGCGAGUUUAUUCAGGGCAAGUUCAAGGGACCAGUAGUUGAGUAUCCCUUCCGAGAUCACAAUGCCCCCAAGUUUGAGCAAAUAAUGGCUCUGUGUGAGGAUGUUAAAGGCUUUUUGGAUGAAGAUAAAAAUAAUAUAGUCGCAAUAAACUGCAAAGCUGGAAAGGGGAGAACCGGCGUAAUGGUAUGCGCUUGUCUUCUCUUCACUGGUGUCUGUCAUGAUUCCGAAGAAGCUCUAAACCACUAUGCUUCGGAACGAACUAAUAAUGGUAAAGGUGUGACUAUUCCAAGUCAAAGACGUUAUGUUCAUUAUUAUGGACACCUUCUAAAAACUGGUCUUGUCUACCGUCCCAAACCACUUGUGCUCAGGACUUUCGUCUUUGGCAAUAUCGGAACUAACGUUGGCGGUAUUUAUGCUCAUUUUUUAUUGUUU